AUGUCGGUGGCUGUUGUUACGGUGAUCCUGCGAUGCUAUGUUCGCGGACGCUUAGUGAAGGCGUUCGGCUGGGAUGACACAGCAAUGGUGAUUGCUUUGUUAUUCUACGUGAUGUUCUCCGCUUGUAUGAUCGGAGGCAGUUUAUGGGGUACCGGGCGCAAAUACAAAGAUCUCACGGCGAAGCAACGUGUGACGGCGAUGAGGUACUGGUGGCUGUGUGAAAUCGCCUACUGUUUCGCUUCUGUCGGCGGCAAAAUCUCCAUCUGUAUCUUCCUGAUGCGCAUCACGGUUAAACGGCUGCAUAUUUGGCUCCUCUACAUCGUUAUGCUUUUGACCGUUAUCGCCGGUGUCGUCUUCAUGUUCCUCAUGCUACUGCAGUGCAAGCCGCUGUCGUAUUUCUGGACGAAGGUGGCCUUCGACGACCACAUCCAGGGCCAUUGUCUCGAUAUGAAAAUUAUCAUUGCCAUGACGUACGUGUAUAGUGCGUUUGCGGCGAUAUGCGAUUUCACCGUAGGCAUUUUGCCGAUAUUCCUCGUCAAGAACCUGCACAUGAAGAAACAGACCAAGAUAGCCGUUAUAGGCAUUUUGAGCAUGGCUUGCAUUGCUUCUUCGGCGGUUAUUAUCCGGAUUCCGUUCGUGCAUACGUUCGCUGAUCCGGACUUUCUGUACGCAACGGUCGAGAUCGCCAUCUGGUCGAAUAUCGAAGUCGGUUUGGGUAUCACGGCCGGAAGUCUCGCGACCCUUCGUCCUCUCGUUCGACACUGGCUAGGCUCACGUACCGAUCCGACCUAUCCCUCUCCCUUUCCCGGUCGGUCCGGGUCUCGGCUUCCCGGGGGUGCGAGUCGAGAUCGGCCCUUUCCGCUUGGGUCGCUGGACGAUAACGUCAAUAACCGGCUGCGGCCGGAUAAGUUGGCCAUAACGGUGACGACGGUGCAUAGUCAGGACCAGAAUGGGACGUGGCAUGGGGCGUCGAGUUCGAAUAGUAGCGAGGAACGGCUGACGGCGCAGGGGUCGCCAGCGUUGCCGGCUAUCGGGGGCGAAAUGGGACUGGGUAUUCAUCGGACGUUUGAGGUCACGCAGACGAGUACGUCUGGACAGUCUGAGACUGUUAGGGAGCAUUUAUAG